UGCAAGCGCUUCGACGAAAGAACCCCCUCACGGAAUCGUUUCUUGUUCAACUUGACCUUGACCUUGAGAGUGCCGGUGUUCUUGGUCUGGGGCAGAAGCCAUAUCGACCACCACAGACAGGUGGCACAGUAAGUGAAACCAUGCAGCCUCCCAACAUAGAAAAGACGUACCCUUUCCAGGAGCAUCACAUAGAUCCUCUAUUCGAAAUUCGUGAUACGCAGAAUCCCAGCCAUAGCAUCAACCAAUAUGGAAACGGAGGUCCUCCUAGACCAGAUCUGAACCCAGGUGUUGCGGGACAGCCUUUCCAUCUCUCUAGCGUGUCAUCCAUUGCCGCAGAUUCGCAAAACACGCGAUUCGUGCCAAUGUCGAGAGACAGUUACGGUCUUCCAAUGGACAACACAGUCACACUCGACAACUCCGACAUGGAAAUCACGCCCGAUAGCAACGCCGAGCAGGCCAGCCCUGCAACAACAACUUCAAACCCUCGGUCACAGUCUCUCUCACAUUCUGGCGGCGGCGGUGGCGGCUCCCAUUCGUCAUAUUCCCCUGUGCAAAACACCGAUCAAAUCCCCUACCGCCCUUCACCACGAAUGACGAACCGAAUACCUAAUCAACCAAACCAAGCCACCUCUACACUGAACAAUAUCUUCUAUUCCACGAGCAACGACAUGAUGAACGCGAACUUCGCUUAUGGCACUACAACUGGCGGGAUACCUUCCGUAGGCGGAGACGUUGAUUUCAACAUGGGUAUUCUGGGCAACGACUGGGAUAUGGGACAUUUGAGCGGGGGCGCGACAGGCACAGGCAUGACUCCCAUGUCCGAAGGCGCCUGGAACGAUUUGUUGCAACAUAUGAACAUGGGCUGGGAUUCUGUAGGACCCCCGCAUACCGAUUUUGGCGCUCAGAAGGAGUAGUGCCUCAAUUAUGCUGAGGCACCUCACGGCACUUGGAUGCACAGGCGGAUGAGUUACCGCGGCUCUUUUAUGGGUCUGGAAGAAGAGUUUAUGGGAUAGAUCGGAGAACAUGGAACAGGAAAUACCCACUGUCGCUUUGCUACGCGAGAGCCCUGCAUUUGGGAUGCACAGGGAGUGCUAGCUCCUGGAUUGGCAAUGUAACUCAAACUGGCUGAGUUGUUGCAUCAAUUUGAUCGAGGGCGUAAUAUGGCGCGUACAUACACUCCACUUGUAGUAUACUAUGGAUGCUGAUGUCUUGCUUUACUGGUGACAAUGUCAAUGUUAGUUG